AUGAGAGUUACAGUGUUAGUUCUUGGGGAUAUUGGAAGAUCUCCACGAAUGGAAUUUCAUUCAAUUGAACUUGCUAAAAUAUGUCCUGUUUCUAUUGUUUGUUAUGAAGAAACACAACCACUUUCUUCUAUUACUGAAAACCAAAAUAUUGUGCGUUAUCCUCUUCAUAUUUUACCACCUUUAAAAUCAAUUCCAUUAAGAACGAUUGUAUGGAUAUUAUUUUAUGCACCACUUAAAUUCUUUUAUUUGGCUAUUCAAUUACUUUAUCUUCUUUUAUUCAAACUACCAAAUUAUAGUCAUAUUCUAAUUCAAAACCCACCUUCAUUACCAUCAUUCAUCAUUGCUGCUUUUGUUAAAUUCAUUACUGGAUGUACUGUUAUAGUUGAUUGGCAUAAUACUGCUUAUUCCAUUGUAAUGAAUGUUCAUCAUUUAAAAGAAACUAAUCCGUUAAUUGUUAUGCUAAAACAUUAUGAAUUACUUCUUCCAUUAUAUUUUGAUUAUCAUUUUACAGUGACAAAAGCAAUGAAAGAAUUUCUUGUUCAACAUAACUUCAAACAUGAAAAAAUUACUGUUCUUUAUGAUAAACCAUUUAUUAAUAUUAAUUCAACACAGUCACAAAAAGUAGAAUUAUUUUCUCGUUUAAAAAGUACUUUUCCAACAUAUUCAAUUCCAUUUAUUGAUUCAUUAAUUCAAGAUGAUGAGAAAAUUGUAUGUGGAGUAAGUUCAACAAGUUGGACACCAGAUGAGGAUUUUGGUGUUUUAUUUGAUGCAUUACUAAGUUAUGAAAAAAGUGAAUUAAAUCUUCCUAAGUUAAUUGUUUUUAUUACUGGAAAAGGACCAUUGAGAGAAUUUUAUGAGAAAAGAAUAGAAGAAGAAAAAAUGAAGAGAGUAUGUGUUAUUCCCAUUUGGCUUUCACAUGAAGAUUAUCCUUAUUUAUUAUCAAGUUGUGAUUUUGGAGUAUCUUUACAUCAAAGUUCUUCUCAACUUGAUUUACCAAUGAAAGUUCUCGAUAUGUUUGGAUGUUCAUUACCUGUAUUAGCAAGAGGAUAUCAAUGUUUAAAAGAUGAGUUAGUUGUUGAAGGUAUUUAUGGAUAUUGUUUUGAUACCUCUGAACAAUUAGCUGAAUUAAUGAUAAAUAUUCUAUCUGAUGAUAAGAAAUCAGCAAUGUUCUUUGUUUCAAUGAAACAACAUGUCAUUGAAAAUACAAAAGUUACUUGGAGUCAGAAUUGGAAGAAUGUUGUUCGUCCACUUUUUCUAGCUGAACAAGAGAAGAAAAUACAAUAA